CGAUAGAUUUUUUGGUGGAUUGGCCAAGCGAUAGAUUUUUGGUGGAUCGGCCAAGCGACAGAUUUUUGGUGGAUUGGCCGAGAGAGAGAUUGAUUGAUUGGUGUGGUGAUGGAUGCAGAAAGGGGAUUGCGCAAGUGCUCGGUUAAGCGGCAGUGAUGGCGGUUUCGUACAUGCGAUGGAUCCCAAUUGCGAAAGCCGUGCUAUUCAGUAGAUCUGAAAACUGAUCACAUUUCAAUAGCACAAGCCAAAUCAGCCUUUGCCAGAUACAAGUAGAUAUCACACAUCGCGUUGUCUUUUCUCAUUUCUCCCCAGGUAUUUGACAUUGCCAGUGAAACAGCAGUCGUUGUACAGCUCAUCCCAUGCCACCUAUUGCCGCUCGUCAAGUGGUCAUCAAGUGGUCAGGCUGCUUUCCUGAGCAUCUCUCGCUGGUCAGCCCUCACACAUCUUCGUCUUGUCGCUUUUGUCCCUCCCUGUGUGUCGUCCUUGUGCAGGCUCCUUGCUAACCUAACCUCUGUAUAGCUCGAGAUUUUGCAUGUCCUGUGGAGUCGACGCAUCUUAGCAUACCCUAACAACGAUUGUUGUGAAGGAGCAGAGAAGCCACUAUUUCUGUACAGCAUUGUGAUCGUUAUUUUUUUGUUAUGCUACCCGGCGUUUUUGGGUGUUUUCACUAGUUCAUGGUGACAUGAAGCGCCGCGAUGGGUAGGUGUGAUGUGAGGGAGUCGUGCAGGCACUGUUUCUGUAUAUGGCAUUACGAUGAUUGUCGUCAACCCUGCACUGACUUCUUAGAAUGACUUUAUUCCGCUCAUCUGGUUGUCUGGAUUCCAACUUGGGUCUGUAUUUCAACAGUUUAUGAGUGUACCAACUGUAUUUCAACAGUUUAUGAGUGUACCAACUGUAUUUAAACAGUUUGUAUUUCAACAGUUUAUGAGUGUACCAACUUGGGUGUGUAUUUCAACAGUUUAUGAGCUAGCCGCGUUGGUGCUGCACCAACUUUUUUUGUUUUUCCCCUUAACUAUUUCUUGAGAGUAACAAUUUUGGCGGUUAGGAUCUUUAAUCCUGUGGACUGCAGAUUGAGAAACAUAUUCACAGGUGGGUCAAGUUGGCGCGCAGGAGCAGUUCAAAAUCUGAUUUCCUGCUCAGUGAAUCCGGAGCUCUAUGAUGCUGGUCAGGGUUAUGAAGCUCCUCCUUCUGCCCCUGCUUCUGUUUGCAGUCUUCACUGUGCUCAGCACGGCGGCACCGUCCAUGCUUGAGACAGAAGCUCCGAGGAUUGCUAGAGUCGGCAAUUACUCGGCGAUGAUGGAUGCAAUCAAUGAUGACAACGUGCGAGUAAUCAAGGUAACUCACGAUAUUGCAUUUGAGGGGGGUUACAUUUUAAUCAGACGGUCGUUGUCGAUAAUCGGAGAGUGCUGGGGUGUCCAUGGUUUGCGGCGGCGGCAGGGAGCGGGCACGGAGGGCACAGGCAUUAGCAGCGAUGAGAAAGGCAGGACACCACACGCCUUCUACGGCUGCCGGUUAAGUGGACCUAGGUUAUUCACUGUAAUAGGGUUAGGAACUAGAGUUUAUUUUGAGUCGCUUGAUUUCAGACUAUCGCCAGGGUUUCAGAAUGUUUCCCUUCUUCACGUCAGAAGGUCGGAAGUGACGGUUGUCGCUUGUCAUUUUAAUGGAGGGGGGUUUUAUAGCGGCGGCAGAGCCAUUGACACGAUCGGUACGUCGAGCGUCAUUUUGGUGGCGACAACGUUCGACGACUUCUCUGCAUUUGAAGGUGGUUGCAUCAGGAUUUCUGGUUCAUUCAGCAGCUUGCACGCCAAGGGAGUUGUGUUCAGAGGCUGUGUCGAUAAUGGCGGAGGUGCAGGGGCAAUCGCCGCAGACAAUGCAAAUGUUUCCAUUUACGCUGGAGUAUUUUCCGGCAACCAAGGGUUCGACGGUGGAGCCAUCAGCGUUCAGUUCGGGUCGCUCGUGCUCAGUGCUUCGACAUUUGAGAACAACGAGCAGAGGUGUCUCCUCAAAGAGGCGAGGGAAUGUCUCGAGGGUGCCGGUGCAAUCACCGCAUCCAGGGCAAAUGUGUUGAUAUGCAGUACCAGCUUCCAGAACAAUUUUUUAAUGGACCGCAUUGUGGACGUUAAUGUUCACAGCGGAUCGGUAGCCCUUUGCAACACAACUGCAGAGGUUUGGUUAAAGGGUGGUAGACUCCCAGGGAACAGUAAGACGGGCGUAGUUAGCGGUUCUAAAGAUAAGACGGGUGUAGUUAGCGGUUCUGGAUCUUUAGAAGGGGUGCACAGGGAUUGCCAACUGUGUCCAUCUUGCACAGAUGACAUUUGCGAUGCUCGUGCUACCUGUGAAACAGAUGUCUCGGCGUACGGCCUGACAUGCGUCUGCCCGCCACAGUAUGCCAGUGUCGGAAGAGGGUCUCUUUGUGUUCAAAGGUUAGUUUCAGAUGUCAAGGAUGGAGUAUGGUCCACUCCUGGGCCCAACAAUCUUCCAUCCUUUCCUUCAGUUCGAACGUCAGAGCCUGCACAUGAGUAGAGGGAUCAGCAAUGAAGCGUAUGUGAAGAAGGAUCGGAAUGUGUGUAAUUGGCUCUGAUGGUCAUAAUGGAUGGGAUCACUCUUCCUCCCAAACCCAAUGAUGUAUAUGGAGAUUGCCAAGGAAGCAUGAAUCUACUGCAAACCCUAAAAAGAGGGAAAAGAAAAAAAACAGUCAACGAUGAGGUGUUGUGGAUCAGAAACUUAAGGGCGGGCUCCACCGGGGGAUGUCUAGAUGUUAGCAAGUCCAACGGUCACAAUGUGAUUAUCUAUAAGAAUCACAAUGAGAUUAUUGGUAAGAAUCACAAUGAAAUUAUCAACAUCGG